GGGACAAACUCUACACCAACACAGGGCCCUGACCAUAAGCCUGUCGCAAAUCGCAGGUGACCGAAAGAGAAUCUCAAACCCGAUGCAAUUCCGUUCUUUAACACGAUCAUUUUUCCUCUUUAUUUAAACUAUGCUAUACACGAUCAGUAGAUCAGAUUUGCCUUUAGUUUAAUUAAGAUAAAUUGGCGCAUUUAUCGUUUUUUUCGCAGUUAGGCAUAUGGAUGAGCAUCAGUGCUAAAAACAAACACUCAGCUUGAACCCGCAUCUCUUUUCUAAUGCGGUUUCUCGGAUUGGACACUUUCCUCUCGCAUGAUCGCGGUAUUGAUCUUAUGAGACAUGCAGGACGACUAUAACGUGGAGAUCGGUUUCGUGAAACAGAUCCUUAGUUUGAAUCUGGUGCCGAGGAAAAAUGUCACCAACUGCGGGAGGAACGACACAUCUCUUUGCGAUUUCUCCGAGAUGUGGUAUGGGGUUUUCCUGUGGGCUGUUGUCUCCUCGCUGUUGUUCCACCUGCCAGCUGCCCUCCUGGCCCUCGCAACACUUCGCAGACAUAAGCUGGCACGAUUUUUCCCCAUCAGCAUUCUACUAAUGGGCAUCAUAGGCCCGCUGUUUGGAGGGGUUCUCACUAGUGCAGCCAUAGCAGGCCUCUAUAAGGCAGCUGGGAAAAGCAUGUUCUCCUUGGAGGCCUUGGUGUUUGGAGUGGGACAGUCUUUGUGUGUUUUUAUAAUUUCCUUUUUUAGAGUGCUGGCUACGCUGUAGCUCUUAGACACUGGCACACUAUGCUGCCAUCAUGAGGAGGAAACUGUUCAGUCACCUGGGCGUCAUAUGCAAAACAUGGAGGCCUUACUUAAACAGUCCCAACAACCUGUUUCUUUGAUACAGAACAAUGUUGUUUUUUUUUUCAUUAUUAUUAUUUCUGGUGAGUACGUUGUGAUAAGGCAAAGGAACAUUGGACUUUUCACUCAAAUGAAACACUAGAGCAAACAUUACAGGUGAAGACAUCUUGCACAUGUAAUUUGUUAAUUGAUCAUGUCAGGAGACCCACAGAAUUUAUGAAGUCUUUUGUAUGUUAAUAUAAUUUCAUUGUCCUUCACACUAAAAUGUACUUAAACGUUUUUGGAUGAUUUAGUUUUGCUCUGUACAUACUAAAGCCUAUUCUAUCUUGCCCUUAAAUUAUGCUUGAGGGGAACCAAAAACUUUGCACUGAUUAUAUUAAUCCUUUAGGCCAAAGGCUAAAAAUUUGUCUCAAGUUUCUUUCCAUCUCUUUUUCUUCCUCAUAAUCUUUGAUGUAUUUUUGCCCCUGAUUAUGGGUAUGUUUGAGGAGAUUAUAGUAGAACACAAAUGUGUGGGCUUUGACAAUGAAAUCUCUUCACAUCAUUCAAAUCACAAAUGACAUGAAUUUAUUUUUAGUUUGGCCUUCACAUAGUUAUGUAUACAUUACAGUAAUAUAAUAUAGCUCUUACAUUUAUUUGCCCAUAAGAUUCUGUAUGUGGCUCCUCUUAAUGCCUAUUAUAUGAAUGUAAACCAGAUUUCAGAUAAAUCUAUAAUAGUAUCACUUGUACCUUCACCAAAGACAUGGUAACAUUAAUCUAAAGCUGUUAUAAGUCUAAGAUCCUGUUAUUUUCAAUAUUCCUGUAAAGAAAUCGAAUUUAAAUGACUAAAUCCAACUAAAUCACAGAAUGUAAAUUAUAAAUAUUAACAGAGUCUGAAAUUCAAGUUUAUGUACAUAGGUAUACAAAGUAAGACUUUAAUGAUCUCCUUUUAUCUUAAGCAAUUUAACAAAUCACAAUACUUAAAGAUAAUAAAGAUGCAGGGCUUGAAAGGAACAGUGAUUUGAAGCUAACUUUAUGUUUUGACAGAUCUUAAUACACAGUAGCCGAGUUGUUAGACUAACAAAUUAUAAGCCUACAUAGAUCAUGUCUAAGCCAAAACAAAUUUACAAAUUUUUGUUUUAAAUUUCUUUUCAGUAUUAGCAUUUGUAGACUUGUGUUCUCCAAUAUUGCAAGGCCUCAGGAAGUUGUAGUUUAUCAUUGUAAGCUUUUAAGGUGUGGAUUAAUGAGAAACAGACUAAUCUUUCAUGAAUGGGGUGUUAAUAUUAGUGGUGUUGCUGUUGGGACACACUGAAAGCUAUCUCUAUUUGUCUGAGCCUAUGGUCUCUCAAUUGCACAAAUGAAUUUAUUUUUCUAAAGUCUGAUCAUUCAUGGUAGAUUGACUGCUCAUUGUUUUUGUGGUUUGUCUUUGAUUGUAUGGUCUUUUUGAGAAAUAGUUUAGUCUUUACAGUGUGAUACUUUUUAUUUUUUUUCUGAGCAAGUUUAAUUUUCUUACUGUAUAAUGAGUGAGAGUUGUUAGUAUUUUCAUGAAAUAAAAUGGUUUAGAUUAUAACACCACCUUUUUAUAU